CCGCGUUUUAAACAACUUGUCUUUUUCUUACAUUCACAUCAAAAAAGUCAAUCAGCUCCAUUGAUGGUCAGGAUCACAGCCAACUUGUAUGAAGAGGCAUAUGACUACAUUAGACAAGAUUCAGCACAUGGGAAUUGUGUCAUGCUUGUUGCUGCUGAUGUCGAUUCCCUUUGUGCAGCACUCAUGCUCCAAAAUUUAUUGAAAAAGGACAUGAUCGCCCAUAAACUUGUACCCGUGUCAGGGUAUCGAGAUCUCGAACGUGCAAAAGAGCAGAUAAUAGAAAAGGACGAAGAUCUGGUGUCGAUAAUUAUGAUCAACUGUGGAGGAUUGAUUGAUGUUAAGGAGUUUUUUGACAUUGAAAGUUAUACCAAAAUAUACGUAUUCGAUAGUCACAGACCACUGAAGCUGGAAAAUAUUCAUCAUAACAACAUAAACGUGUGUGUAUUUGACGAUGAUAGAGAAACAGAAAAGCUUGAAAAGGUUCUGGAGGCAUUUGAAUCACUAACGUAUAAUUCAGAGGAUAAUUCAGAAAACAUGGAUUCUGACAGCUCGGAUGAAUUAUUAGAGAAUACAAGGUCGAAACGUAGAAGACUAGAUGAGGAUCAAGAUCUGUCGAGAUCAGCACGAAUAAAAAAAAGAGCGCAGAGUAAUUUACUAAUGAACUAUUACACACAAGGGGCCUAUCACGCCAAUUCGACAGCAGGGAUUGUUUAUGAUUUGGCAACUAAGCUCUCCAAAACAGACAAUGAUAUGCUAUGGCUUGCUAUCAUUGGUGUUACAUCACAGUACCUGCAUGAGAAAAUAGAUACCACAGAAUAUAUCAGAAGUGUCAGAGUAUUUAGAGAUGAUACAGCCCGGUUAAAUUUAAGUACAGAUGAAGAAAUGGCCGUAAUCAAUAAUGAAGGAGAAAUUAGAAUAGAAGAUGAAUAUCGAUUCAUGUUCUUUCGACAUUGGAGUUUGUAUGAAAGCAUGUACUAUUCUAGUUAUGUUGUUAGCAAAUUAGGUCUGUGGAACCCAGAAGGUGACAAAAAUUUGAAUAGACUUCUUGCUCAAAUGGGCUUCCGUUUAGAGCAAUGUAAACAGAUAUAUACCCACAUGGAUGUAGAUUUAAAAGAUAGGCUUAGAACAAAAAUAGAAGAAAUAUCACCACGAUUUGGCCUGACAGAACUCUGCUACCCAAGUUUUACACGCGGCUAUGAUCGAAAAUGUGUAUUAUCAGCUGCAGACAUUGUCUAUGCAAUCUCAGCCCUAUUAGAAACAAGUCCUACGACGGCCGUCCAUUUUGGCGCUGAAGGUACAUGGACAGAGAACAGAGACUGGAGAGAUAUGCUUGCGAAUGAUGCUGCCGAUGAUGCAACCAAUGAGAAACGUCGGUGGUGGGUCAAAAACUUUUAUAAAGCCUAUGAUGCUCUCGGUAAGCAAUCUUCAGAGAUGGUCCUACAUGGCAUAAGGAUCUGUAUGGAAACGCAACAGGCCAUCGCAAGACAAGUAUUUGCGGCCAUCAGUAAACGGUUGAUCAAGAAACACAAUAAUUGUUGGAUCAUGGUUGUCGAUGGUGGGCCUGAUUUACCUGUGUUUGGACAUCAAUUGACUCUCUUCAGAAUGGGAUUGUUCGCAUUAGAUAUACUUAGGACAACAAGCGCAAGGCUUAAACCACUUAUAGUAACAUCGCUGGACGAAGUACAUAAUGUCUAUAUAUUUACUUCCAUGGUAGCAGCGCCCGCAUUUGGAGAAACAAGACGAAACAUUUCAGAAAUUGGAAGAGAAGGGACUAUUUGUAAUAGAUAG